AUGGGGUUGAAAAUUGAACGACGUUCGAUCUCACCUUUGAAGUUCGGAGCUGUGGCUGCUGGCGUUGCCGUUGUCGGUGGAGGUUGGGGGGCGUGGCAUAACCCGAUGGAAGAGUUUGAUAAGGGAUUGCGUGACAUUUGUCGGGAUCGUGAAGGUGGCAUUUCAGUGACGAAAAGAAUUGCAGAUGGUUGGACUGCUGAAGAUUAUAGAUUCUGGAUGACGGAAAAGCCCACAGCCUUCUGGAGAUACUUCUUGGAAGAAAUUAUUCCGUCUGACGAUCUGUGA